GGGGUGAGGUGACCAGCCGCUCAUCCGCCGGUAUCAUGGCUUCCUAACAGGAGCAGGAACCGUCUGAGACUAACACAGGGAUUUCUGUUGAAUGCUCCACAGGUUUUCAUCGAUCUUUUUGAAAACCUGAGGUUGGGACUGAGGGGCUCAGCCUCCCAUUUCGCCCCGCGCGGCCGCCGCUGGGAUCCAGGAUAUACUUUUAAUUUUAUUGGUGAAUUUCCAUUUGUGAACCGUGGAAGAUGGCCGACCCGGCGGAGUGCACCAUCAAAGUGAUGUGCCGUUUUAGGCCCCUCAACAGCUCCGAGGUGACCAGAGGCGACCGAUACAUUCCCAAGUUUCAAGGGGAAGAGACCGUUAUUAUCGCGGGUAAACCAUACGCGUUCGACAGAGUGUUUCAGUCAAAUACAUCACAGGAACAAGUGUACAACGCCUGCGCCCAGAAGAUUGUAAAAGAUGUUCUGGAGGGAUACAAUGGAACCAUUUUUGCAUAUGGACAGACAUCAUCUGGUAAAACACAUACCAUGGAGGGGAAUCUCCAUGACACAGAUUCAAUGGGUAUCAUCCCCAGGAUAGUUCAAGACAUUUUUAACUACAUUUAUUCCAUGGAUGAAAAUCUGGAGUUCCACAUCAAAGUUUCAUAUUUUGAAAUCUACUUAGACAAGAUCCGGGACCUGUUGGAUGUGUCGAAGACCAAUUUGUCAGUGCAUGAAGACAAAAACAGAGUACCCUAUGUCAAGGGCUGCACUGAGAGGUUUGUCUGCAGCCCAGAGGAGGUCAUGGAUACAAUCGAUGAAGGAAAAUCUAACAGACAUGUAGCAGUUACGAACAUGAAUGAACACAGCUCCAGGAGUCACAGUAUCUUCCUGAUAAAUGUCAAACAAGAGAACACUCAGACGGAGCAAAAGCUCAGUGGUAAACUCUACCUGGUGGAUCUGGCUGGUAGUGAAAAGGUCAGUAAAACGGGAGCGGAGGGAGCUUUGCUGGAUGAAGCCAAGAACAUCAACAAGUCCCUGUCAUCCCUGGGAAACGUCAUCUCCGCUCUGGCUGAGGGAACGGCCUACAUCCCAUAUCGAGACAGCAAGAUGACCCGUAUCCUGCAGGACUCUCUGGGUGGUAACUGUCGGACCACCAUUGUUAUCUGCUGCUCACCUUCCUCCUAUAAUGAGGCUGAAACCAAAUCCACGCUCAUGUUUGGACAAAGAGCAAAGACUAUCAAGAACACAGUCGUUGUGAACGUCGAGCUCACAGCAGAGCAGUGGAAGCAGAAGUAUGAGAGGGAGAAAGAGAAGAAUAAGACCCUGAGGAGCACCGUCACCUGGUUGGAGAAUGAGCUCAACCGCUGGAGAAAUGGUGAGAAUGUGCCAGUGGAAGAGCAGUUUGAUAAGGAGAAGGCCAACGCUGAGGUUCUGGCCCUCGACAACAUAAUCAACGACAAGCCAGCUUCCACACCCAACGUGCCCGGAGUUCGCCUCACCGAUGUGGAGAAGGACAAGUGUGAGGCUGAGCUGACCAAGCUUUAUAAACAGCUGGAUGAUAAGGAUGAGGAGAUCAACCAACAGAGCCAGCUGGCAGAGAAACUGAAGCAGCAGAUGCUGGACCAGGAGGAGCUUCUGGCCUCCUCCCGCCGUGAUCACGAGAACUUGCAGGUGGAGCUGAACCGCCUGCAGGCGGAGAACGAGGCCUCCAAGGAUGAGGUGAAGGAGGUGCUGCAGGCUUUGGAGGAGCUGGCCGUCAACUAUGACCAGAAGAGUCAGGAGGUGGAAGAUAAGACCAAGGAGUUUGAGGCCAUCAGCGAAGAGCUCAGCCAGAAAUCGUCCAUUCUGUCGUCGCUGGACUCUGAGCUCCAGAAGCUGAAGGAGAUGUCCAACCACCAGAAGAAGAGGGUGACUGAGAUGAUGUCGUCACUGCUCAAAGACUUGGCCGAGAUUGGUAUUGCAGUGGGCAGCAAUGACAUCAAGCAACACGAAGGAGGCAGCGGUCUCAUCGACGAGGAGUUCACGGUGGCUCGUCUCUACAUCAGUAAGAUGAAGAGUGAGGUGAAGACCAUGGCGAAGCGCUGCAAGCAGCUGGAGAACACCCAGUCAGAGAGCAAUACGAAAAUGGACGAGAACGAGAAGGAGCUUGCUGCCUGCCAGCUGCGCAUCUCUCAGCAUGAGGCUAAAAUCAAGUCCCUAACUGAGUACCUGCACAACGUUGAGCACAAGAAGAGGCAGCUGGAGGAAAAUGUUGACGCACUCAAUGAAGAGCUUGUCAAAAUCAGCGCUCAGGAGAAAGUUCAUGCUAUGGAGAAAGAGAAUGAGAUCCAGACGGCAAAUGAAGUCAAGGAAGCAGUGGAGAAGCAGAUUCACUCUCACCGUGAGGCUCACCAGAAACAGAUCAGCAGCCUAAGAGAUGAGCUGGACAACAAAGAAAAACUGAUCACUGAACUGCAGGAUCUGAACCAGAAGAUCAUGCUGGAGCAGGAGCGUCUCAGAGUGGAGCAUGAGAAACUCAAAAGUGCCGACCAGGACAAGAGCCGCAAGCUUCACGAUCUCACGGUGAUGCACGACAGAAGGGAGCAGGCCAGACAGGACCUGAAGGGUCUGGAAGAGACAGUGGCUAAGGAGCUGCAGACCCUGCACAACCUGAGGAAACUUUUUGUUCAGGAUCUGGCCACCAGAGUGAAAAAGAGCGCUGAGAUGGACUCGGACGACACAGGCGGCAGCGCUGCACAGAAACAGAAAAUAUCCUUUCUUGAAAACAAUCUUGAACAGCUCACCAAGGUUCACAAACAGCUGGUGCGUGAUAAUGCAGACCUGCGCUGUGAGCUUCCAAAACUGGAAAAACGCCUUCGUGCUACGGCUGAGCGGGUCAAAGCCCUGGAGUCUGCUCUGAAGGAGGCCAAGGAGAACGCCGCCCGCGACCGCAAGCGCUACCAGCAGGAGGUGGACCGCAUCAAGGAAGCCGUCAGAGCCAAAAACAUGGCCAGGAGGGGACAUUCGGCCCAGAUCGCUAAACCCAUCCGACCCGGGCAGCACACAGUGGCGUCUCCCACCCACCCCAACAUCAACCGCAGCGGUGGAAGCUUCUACCAGAACAGCCAGACGGUGUCCAUCAGGGGAGGAAGCACCAGCAAACCAGACAAGAACUGAAGAGCAGUGGGAUCGAAGGACAGUACCACAGAAGAAGAAGAAGCCAAUGUCAUGCCCCCCUCGCCCACCCCAACAAACCUGUCAUUCCAUUACAGUAAAGAGGCUCCUUGUCGCUGCUUUGGAGCCAAGAAGGAGUUUCUGAAUUAUAAAUAUAUAUAUAUAAAUAUUCCUGGCCUGUACAGCUCAUCCUCUUCACCACCUCAUCCCCACACUCUCCCCCCCAAUUCUCACCAUGACUGAUCUCCUUUUCUCUCACUGGAUAUAGUAAAUAAACAAGAAGACAAAGAUAAGUUUAAAUUUACAAAAAGGCAAGAUUAUGCACCCUUGGCAAGCGAAACUGCGCCUGACUCAUAAAAUGUGUAGCGUGGGUUUAGUUUUCUUUUUUGAUUUGCACAGUGUCUUGUCAUCUGUCAUCAUUGUGCAAGUAGUUCUGCACUGUGCCAAGCUGAAUGUAAUGGUAGCAAGAUCCGGACACACACACACACACACACACAACACAAAAACACCUGAAUGGAGACCCUACCAAGAGAAAUAGCUUGACCCUAUAGCCUAACUCUGUACAUUUCAUUAUUACUAUUAUUGGUUGUUAACCACACUUUUUUCUCUGGCUAGAUUUUACAUGCUUCUUUAAGGAAAAACAAAAACUACCAAAAAAAAGAGUACAGUUUCGAAAUUGACUAGAUAGUGUCGAGCACUACUGUUCCGUUGUGUUUUAUUGUACAGAUAUAAAAUUGGCACCACUGCACAAGCCUCCCUGGAGAAAGAGAACUGGAUGGGAAUCUGGGAACAGUAUAAAAGAAGGAUUUGGAGAAAAGAAAAAUCCACGAUGUAAGACAGUGUACUGUAGAUGUAAUGAACUAAAUACCAGUGGAGGCCCACUGUUUUUAUCAUUAAGUUAAAAAGGAAAACCUAUACUCGUUAUUGGUGACUUGAUAAGAAGGAUGUAAAGAAUGUAGGACGGUAAGGAAACAGGAGAAAGAUCCUAUUAAGGAAACAAACUUCCACCUUUUAUGCUAAGUAGAUAAACGUAUUGUUCUUAUUCCUCUCAGUGGUUAAUCAUGCUGUAUCAAUGGACGCUAUUUAUCUCCCUCCGCACAUCGGGGCACGUACACUUCAGGCGCUCGUCCUGUCUUAGCUGGGUCACUGUCACUCACUCUUCUCCCCUCACUUUUAUAUUCGUGUUUUUCAGUCCCCCAAUUAUUCGUCCGAUUAUUAAAAAGUCAAUCAGAACAGCAUUUAAUCAAUGAUUUAAUUCAUUAAAAAAAAUGAAAAGAAAGAAAAACUCCAAUGACCUCAUGACCACCUCAUUUGUGGUAUGUGUUAGCAGAAGUGAUGACAUUUACGAGGCUCCUUGAACGUGUCGCGUAGCUCAUCUCAUCCCCUGGAGUUUGUUUUCCUGGAGUGCAGAAUUGCCAAGUGAAGUUUGUCAGAUAAUUCCCACGCCCACCCCUUUAUGAAUAAUUCAUUUUCAUUCUUCCCUCCCUCGAAAACCACACACGACUCAAAACACUCUUGUCAUUUUUCUUUCCAACUUGAACCUUUUCCGGUUGUAAAUUUGCCCAAACCUUGACGUGUCGUUGCUGGUUUUAUUUGCUGUAUCUUUUCAUUGUUGGUAGAUACAUAUUUGAAGGGGGAGCAGCGGGCAGACGGGCAGGAGGGUGAUGUCAAUGACGUUGGACCCUCGCCGCUGAUCAGCCAAUCAGGAGAGCAGGGUCUUAAAAUUGCACAAUUAUCUGUCGUUAUCUGGAGGAAGGGUUUAUUUAACAAAAACUUAGUCAGGGGUUGUAGGAUUUAUUAUGUUUUGUUUGUUGUUUUGUUUUGUUUUUUUAGUGUUCUUAAUUAUAAUUUUUUUGUCAUUUUAAUUCCCACCUCAGCUUUUUGUUUCCCCUCUUGUCUUUAACCCUGUGAAGCCCCGGUACAGUGGCGCAAAGAUCUCGUUGUGAUUGUAAUCCCAGCACGAGAACACUAACAUGUUGUGCAAGUGCAAUAUACUGUAAAAAAACAAAAAACUAAAAAGCAAAACAAAAUAACACUGAAUAUCAGUCGGCUGGCAGGUGUUUGUGAGUAAACAGUGGUGAUCCUGCCAUGCUAAGUUCGGCUUUGUCCCGCUCCUCCUCUGUCGGCUGCAGUUUCACUAACAUGGUGUAUUUUCUCUUUGAGGGCUUCUUGGAUUGAUCUUGAAAACAAAAUGGUAAUUUUCCUGCCAACAUUCAGAGAUGAAUUUUCUGAACGUGCAUGGUAAACAUUUGCAUUGAAUAUUUACUCUAUAUCGGAGUGCAACAGGGAAAUCAUAGAAACCUCAUUUGGAAAAGGACACUUUGGUUUCAGACCGGGGGAACAAAUGUAGCUGGACAUGGUGGAGGAGGAGAAGUGCGGCUUUCUCAUAUUAAAUGUCGUACUGCAACCUGUCAUCUCUGAACAGGAAAGUCCAGUUUAAUAGCACUUCUUCACAAUAACGGCACUCAGAAAAAACAAAAAACAAAAAACACUCCAUGUGUGUCUGUUUUUGACUGGAACUUAAAAAAAAAAAAAUCCAAAGUCAUGUUCAUGAAACUGUUUGUUGACGGCAAAUAAUUUAUGUAGUAAUAAUUUCUUUCUAUGAGCUGCCGAGAGGAGUAGCUCCCCGUGUCUAUGACAGGACAAGUGUUUGGUGUCUAUCGAUAAUGGUUUAUUCCCUCUGUGUAAUCUUCUAGAUUAGCUGAGCAGCAUCAUGGACCUCAAUCAUGUUGAUCCUUUGACCUUUCACCAAAAAAAACAAAGAAACCGUGAUAUGAAAUAUGGGGAAUACAUAAUAAAUAAACAGCAGAGAAUAUUAUUGAUGUUGUUCCUGAAUUAAUUUGAAUUUUGCAUAAUUCUAAAUAAUAAAAAAAAAAACAAAAGUGUAUCCACUUUUUUUUAUUACUGUGUAAUAGUUGGUCAAUUUUUAAAAGGACAGUUUUGAGGAUCCAUCAAUGGACAAAGGUACUGGAUCAUUCCUGGAGAACUGGGACACAAUGGCAGGGCUCUGAUACGGACGGAGAUGGGAAGUUAAUGAGAUCACAGUUUUGGAUUGACUGCAUGAUGUAAAUGUAUGUGUGAUUAAAUAAUUAUGAAAAAAGUU